CUCACUCAAUCUGAACUAGAAGUCCCAGCAUAGACAGAGCCAGGAACCUGGAGCCAGGCGACGGCACUGCUGUGCUCAUCAACAUUGCUGCAAACAUGCUGUACUUGGAGAAUGCAGCCCAGCCACAGUACAGCGAGCCUCAGUUCACGAACUUGGGGCUCCUCAACAGUAUGGAGCAGCAGAUGCCGAAUGGGUCAUCGUCCACAAGCCCUUACAGCAACGAGCACCCCACCAGCGUGACGGCACCUUCUCCGUAUGCCCAGCCCAGCUCUACCUUUGAAGCUCUCUCCCCAUCACCAGCCAUCCCAUCCAAUACUGACUAUCCAGGCCCACAUGGCUUUGAUGUGUCAUUCCAACAGUCCAGCACGGCCAAAUCUGCUACGUGGACGUAUUCUCCAGAGCUGAAGAAACUGUACUGUCAAAUUGCCAAGACCUGUCCAAUCCAGAUCAAGGUGGUGACGCAGCCGCCACAGGGAGCAGUGAUCCGUGCCAUGCCUGUCUACAAGAAGGCAGAGCAUGUCACCGAGGUGGUGAAACGUUGCCCGAACCACGAGCUCAGUCGAGAGUUCAAUGAUGGUCAAGUGGCCCCACCCAGCCACCUGAUUCGAGUGGAGGGAAGCAGCCAUGCUCAGUACGUAGAGGACCCGAUCACGGGCAGACAGAGUGUGAUGGUGCCCUAUGAGCCACCACAGGUCGGCACGGAAUUCACCACCAUUCUCUACAACUUCAUGUGCAACAGUAGCUGUGUUGGGGGGAUGAACCGGCGCCCUAUCCUCAUCAUCGUCACCCUGGAGAACCGGGAUGGCCAGGUUCUGGGACGCCGCUGCUUUGAAGCCCGUAUUUGUGCGUGCCCCGGCCGUGACCGUAAGGCAGAUGAGGACAGCAUCCGCAAACAGCAAGUGACUGAUGGGGUCAAAGGAGUUGACACCACCAAACGGCUCCGACAUGUGAACCAGGGAAUCCAGAUGGCCUCCAUCAGUAGUAAGAAACGACGGCCGGGCGAUGAGGAGCUCUUCUAUUUACCAAUCAGGGGACGGGAGACGUAUGAAGUGUUGCUGAAGAUUAAGGAGUCACUGGAGCUGAUGCAGCUGUUACCACAGCACACCAUCGAAAGCUACAGACAACAGCAGCAGCAUCUCCUGCAGAAACAACCGUCAAUGCAGUCACAGCAAUCGUUUGGGCCUUCGCCCCCGCCAAUGAAUAAAAUGCACAGCACCGGGAACAAGCUGCCAUCUGUCAGCCAGCUCAUCAGCCCCCAGCGCAACACUCUCACCCAGGCAGCCAUGCCGGGGAGUAUGGUAGCUCCGAUGAUGAACAUCCCAAUGCAGAUGAAUGGAGAAAUGAACGGUCUGAGCCCAACUCAGGGGCUGUCUUCUCCAAUGGCAUCGACCUCUCACUGCACGCCCCCACCGCCGUACCCGUCUGACAACAGCAUCUCCAGUUUCCUGACGAGAGCUGGUUGUGCGUCGUGUCUGGAGUACUUCACCACCCAGGGACUGAUGAAUGUCUACCAGAUCGAACAUUUUACCAUGGAUGACCUGAUCAGCCUGAAGAUCCCCGACCAGUACAGGCACGCCAUCUGGAAAGGAAUAUUGGACCACAGACAAUCCCUCGACUUUGCCAACACCCCCCAGCUCCUCAGAAACACCAGCAGCAGUUCCACCGCCAGCCUGGGCUCCCAGAACGAGACGCGGGGCGAGCGGGUCAUUGACGCCGUCCGCUUCACCCUGCGCCAGACCAUCUCCUUCCCUCCUCGUGACGACUGGAACGACUUUGGGUUCGAUGUGGAUGGCCGCCGCAGCAAGCAGCGAAUCAAAGAGGAAGGAGAGUGACGUGGCAAGAGUCGCGGGCAGAUCCACCGCCAAAGGACAAUGUUCCAAACUCUCUACCAAGCAUAACAAUUCGAGGCGACUCUGCUGGAACAGUUUCUGUACGCGCACUCGCAAUCAGCUGGUUGCAGUUAACCUAGUUUUGUUUUCCGUCUUUAUUUUUGCAUUUUUUUUGUCUUAAGCCCAAACGGCCCAUUAUUUUGGUAGCAGUAUGAAAGCUUAUAGGGUGCUUGAGGGGGCUACGUGGGGUUUGCAUCAGCUGUAUUUUAUACAUCACUUCCUGUUUGAAAUGGAUGGUUUCCAUCGAAUGCACAAAGGAGUGGAGUGAGCGGACCGUCACAGGCAUCUCCUUUCUCACCACACCCAUAGUUAGAUGUACUUUGGAGAGGAUCCCGGCAUAUUCCACACAACCAGGGGAGAUGUCACUCAUUGUCAUUGUAACAGCGGUGGUCAGUUUCUCAGUGGGAGGCUGUGCUGUCGAUUGUAGUAACCGUAUCAAAUCUGUCCAAACUCAGUUUGUGUCCUGCAGUGAUAAGCUGUGUCUGGUCAGAAAUGGCCGAGCACUGUCCCUGUUCCAAAGACCCAGUCUCCCUGAGUAAGCCUCCUCCGGGGUAGCUGUGGUGAGAACCUGCAGCUUUCUGACACCAGCUCACCUGGGUGAGCUGGAACUUUACUGUUGCUCCCAGCACUGGGCUGUUGACUGUUCGACACAGAUGAAGACUGACCCUCAGUCAUGUGAGUUAGCCCAAAGUUAGGAGGGCUGAGGGAAAAAAUAUUUGAUUUCAAUGUUUAAUUUUAUAACUUUUCAGAAUGAUACGUUAGGACCUGACUCCAUGUGUAUUUCAGUUGUGGGAAGCUGCAGGAUGUAAGAUUUUCCCAACCCUAUAGGUGCUGCCCAGACUCUGAGGGACACUGGAGAGCAUAUCCAGUUCCACACAGUCCCAGUGUCAGUCCGCCACUGGAGAGCAUAUCCAGUUCCACACUGUCCCAGUGCCAGUCCGCCACUGGAGAGCAUAUCCAGUUCCACACUGUCCCAGUGUCAGUCCGCCACUGGAGAGCAUAUCCAGU